GUUUUCCUAUUUACUAUACAAUUAAGGAUAAAGCCAAAAGUGUGGUUGCUAAAAGACAAACACUUUGUGUCGUGCCAAAUAUUUUCUAUGGCAAGAAGAUUUUAAUUUAUCAACAAUUGUUUUGCCCAAUUUAGAUUUAAUUAUGAAGAAAGAGAAAGCUGUUACAUCGACCACUUUAUUAGGGACACUUUGGGAUGAUGAUUCUUACACACUGAUGUAGAAGAAGUUCUAGAGGUUUUAGGUUUGUACUUCUGUAAUUGAUGUUUUACUGCUGUGACCUGUUUUCUGAUGAAUUUGCUGAAAUAGGCAACGAAGAUUCAAUCAUACUAAAAAAGCUCAAACUAUGAUUUUUGUCUUCAUUUUGUUGUAUUUUCCAGUCUUAUGUCCCCCGUCCGACCUGAGCAGAGAGCUAUCAGCUGUUUAAUCCAGGAGAGUAUCUAGUCCAGAAAGAGGAACCUUCGAUUUUACACUUAGAUCAUCGUGGUUAGCUGCUAUUCAUAUGAUGUAUCUAACUUGAUUCACAACAUGAAAUAAUAUUUUCAGCAUCUAUAUGCUGUUUCCUUUUGGAAAAUAAUCUUUAUUCCAUCAUAUGACCCAACCCCAACUAUGUCCCCCUUUCGCAGGUUUCUAGAAGCCAGUGUUAAAACCACAAAACAUUUUGUUGGAUGGCUCAAGAUCUGUCACUCCCAUUUUUAAGUAAUAACAGACUGGGGUGGGGAAAUUUCUUUCUUUUUUUUUUUUUUGCAAGCAUAAGAAUGAAGCUCGUUUGCAUUCUGUUCCUUUCACUCAGAUCAUUGUAAAGGCCAAAAAUAACACAAAGAUAUGCCAGAUAUUAAAAACAGUAAAAGUUUUAAAUUGUCAGAGCAUAAAAGAUACUUGUGACUAAAGGGAAAUUCUUACUUCUGCUAAAUGGUGGUCAGCUUCUUGCUCAAUUUUUUGUUCUUGCCAACAACCCAGACAAACUUUAGCAGUAAGGUUGUAGAGAUGGCAGAGGACGAGGUUCAGUAUGCUUCAGUUGCUAUCAAACGCAAGAGACCGCCAAGAGCUAAAAUACAAGAAGAGGUUGUGUAUGGUGAAGUGAAGAUACCAAAUCAAACAGCUCAGCAAACAUCUGACACAAAGGGACCUUUGCCAGAUGAAGAGGAAAGAAGGUUUUGCUGGUAUAAGAAGUUGGCUUGUUGCUUUGGGACUCUGUGUGUGAUUUUGGUCUUGGCCGUGAUUGGAGUCUUUGUAUUUCUUCACAAGAGCAAGCUGAACCAGCUGGAAAUCAACCAAACCGCCUUGCUGCAGAAAAAUGUCAACCUGACACAACAAAACCAAAACCUGACAACAGAACUUAAUCAGGUUAAAAAGAUAAACCAGGAGCUGCAGACAUGGAAGAAAAACCUCACAGAGCAAAUAGAAAGCAUGAAGAAUGAGCAGAAUGUCAGUCGAGCUCAAUGGAGCAUUGAUCAAUACUGUCCCAAAAACAAAGAGAGACGGUGUGUUUCUUGUCAGGGCGGUUGGCUUGAUCUUCAGUCCAGCUGCUAUGCAGUUAAUGAUGCUGAACCUAGGAAUCAGAAAACCUGGGAAGAAGCACGAGAAGACUGCAGAGGAAAGAGUUCAGAUCUGACUGUUGUUGGUAAUGAAAAAGAAAAGAUGUAUCUUAAAGACAACAGUUGGUUUAGAAACAACAUUAAAGGAUACUGGAUUGGUCUCAGAGCUGUAAAAGGGAUAUGGAAAUGGAUCGAUGGAAGUGAUCUGACCAAUCAAUCCUGGAUAGAGAAGCCUGCAACUGAAGGUCAAUGUGUUACUUCUCUGCAGAACCGAGAAUGGAAAUCAGUGAACUGUACUGACAGGAACGGCUGGAUCUGUGAGAAGAAGGCUUUAUCUGUUUAAAAUGAAAUAUUCAGAUACAGGUUAUUAUUUGGAAAACCUAAACAUAAAAUAUAUUAAAAUUUUGCUUAGAUUUUCUCACAAGAGAUAAACAAUUAUACUUUGCUAUUAACCAUAACAAGAAAAAUGAUAUAAUUAUAAUAAUUGCUGCAGUAACUGAAAGAAUUAAAGCUGUACAUUUGCAUGGUU